AUGGUCAAUGUCGUGAGGAAGCGGAAGAUUGAGGAAACAUGGCCUGAUUCUCAGACAGGUGUCUGGCAUCUAGUCUGCCUUUCAAUGUUUUUCGGAAGCGAGAGGUCUCCCGAGGUUAUUCGAGACCCGGUGGUCAAACAGUACCGCACGGCGCAGGCGCCUAAAUCAUUCAGCAGUUAA